GUUUUCUCUGUUAUUCUUUUUUCAUUUUAUUUCUCAUUUUCUUAAAUUUUUUUUGUUUCCGAAGCACACUGUCACAGACGACAAAUUUUCGUGUCUUUUUAAAACUCUUAAAAUUUUAAAAUUAAUGGCAUUUUAAUAAUUUUGUGAAUCAAAACUACAGAAUCGAAAUAUUUGUAUAUUAAAAACGUGGAUUGUUUUCAUGAAAAAUAAAAAUAAUACGAAACGGGGUAAGCGAAUACCAUGACCUACCUACGAGAAAUUUCUUUUCUUUCUUUCAAAACCAAGAACAUAGUCUAAUACAUUAUUUCAUUUGUCUCUUGGAGAGGGACUGACCUAUAUACGCGUGUCAAUUCUAUUUGUUCUGCAACUUCAGGUAGAUUCUUUUGUAUUGCAUAUUCUUUAUUAUCAAAGUGCGUGCGAGAGAUAACCUGGGCUAUAUACUAUUUUGCAAUCAGGAAACAUAAAAGAGUUGCAGAAUCAACAGGAGAAAGUAGUUACGGAAAUUCUUAAGAAGACCGAAUAAAAUUAAAUUUAGUUAAUCAAAACAAAAACAAAAGAUAUUAAUGAUGGCCGAUCAACAGUUCUUUUUAAAAUGGAAUGAUUUUCAAACAAAUAUGGUUACAUCCUUCAGGCACCUACGAGAUGAAAAAAGUUUUACAGAUGUGACUCUGGCCUGCGAAGGUCAAACAUGUAAAGCUCACAAAAUGGUUCUGUCCGCUUGUAGUCCAUAUUUUAAAGCCCUUUUAGAGUCUACAAUUUUACAGGAAAACCCAUCAAAACAUCCUAUCAUCAUUUUAAAAGACGUUUCAUAUAUUCAUCUUCAAGCAAUUCUAGAAUUUAUGUAUGCGGGUGAAGUAAAUGUAUCACAAGAGCAACUCCCAGCCUUCCUGAAAACCGCAGAUCGACUUAAAGUGAAAGGUCUUGCUGAGACACCUUCUUCUAUUAAGCGGGAAGGUUGAUGGUAAUGAUAAAUUAAGUGAUCCGCCCUUUUAAUAUAUCGUUUAUUCGCGUUAACUGUUUCUUUUUUAAUUUGUUUCAACCGACACACUUCAUACAUAAAAUUCAUUUUGUAUUUAA